UCUCCAGGAUAAAGAUUCUGAUUCUGACCUCACUGAUGGCAACUUUUCCUAAUCUUUUUAUCUCAAUUAUGAAAGCUAAAUGCAUCUGAAUCUCAGAAUGGUGUACUACAGCAGUGGGAAUAUUUUAUUUGAGACUUAGUCAUCCACAGACACAGAAACAUCGGUCGAGGGGCUAGUUUUAUUGGCUGUGUAAAAUGUGUAUUCUUCUCUCAAGCAUUUGCCACCCACUGAUAUGGAGAUUUUAAGCCUGGCUUUAGUGAAAUGUGUUGUGGUUUUUCCCCCCUCUACACUGUCGCUUCAUAAAGUAAAUAUUGUGAACGUUCCAUUGUGUGCCCUAACUAAAGAGGUGUGCAAUUGUUAUGCUGCUGAUUUUACAUUCAAGCCCCCGGCCAUGGUCAGUUCACUUUUGAAAUGAGGAAGUUUUCUAACCGGUCGUGUUAGUUAUUUUAAACAUUGUUCACCACACUGCUCAGUCAUAAAGAACAGCGGGAGUGGCGGAGAUGGCAGGGAUUUGGCUCUCUCCGCGUCUUCUGCUGUGGAUUUUAGUGAUAGCUCAGACAGGUCAAACACAGACGACGACUACAAUUGCAUCUACGGCAGCUUUAAGUACACCAUCUAAAACUGAAUCAACAACUUCCACAACUCCGGUGACAACGGUCACAAUUCAAACACCACCUGCAACGACUGCUUACCCAUGGAUUAUAACCAAUUCAUCGACUAGGGCAGCUUUAAGUACAACAACAUCUACAACUGAUUCAACAACUUCCACAACUCCAGUGACAACGGACACUAUUCAAACAACACCUGCAACGACUGCUUACCCAUGGAUUAUAACAAAUUCAUCGAAUGCGGCCCUGCGCCUGGUCGACAGGCAGUACAGCUGCCAGGGACGGGUGGAGAUACUUCAGAAUGGCACAUGGGAGAGCGUAUGCUUCUAUUACCCAUCCAUUAGCUAUGCUGUGUGCCAGGAGUUGGGUUGUGGCCAAUCAAUAAAUUACAAUUAUUACUAUGUGGAAUGGUAUAAUACCGCGUGGACCGCCUCAUGCACCGGAUUAGAGAAAUCAAUGUCCCAGUGCACGCUGUCACGACAAAACCAGUACUGUAGUGGUGGAUACUGGGACCCAACAAAGAGCUACGUUUCAUGUUCAGCUGCAGGGCUCCGUCUGGUUGGAGGUGCCAAUCGCUGUGAGGGCCGCAUGGAAGUCUACAAGAAUGGCGUGUGGGGAGAGCUCUGCAGCUCCACUCUGAACAGAGACAUCGCAGACGGCAUUUGCCGUCUGCUGGGCUGUGGCUGGAGCCUUGCUUAUGGUAGUAACGUGUCGGCAUUUGGACUCGGACAGGGAACCAUCUUCCCAGACAACCUAUCCUCACCUGGCAACAGAAUAUAUGAUAACCUCGUGUACGGAACUAACAAUUGCAGCCUUUCACAGACAGCUGCCAUCAUUUGUGAAGCAUCCGGGAACAGAAACCAAUCGCUGAUCAUAACUGGACCAACGAAUGAUAUGAUUCAUCUGGUUGACCGUGAAAUGGAAUGUCAAGGUCGCGUGGAGAUAUUUAACAAUGGAGAAUGGGGAACAAUAUGCAGAAGCACUUCCUACAUGGGCAACGUUGCCUGCCGUGAAUUGGGAUGUGGAUAUGAAAUAUCAUCCACACGUUACAACACUCCGCUACCAGUGCCCACGUUGAGUGUUCAGUGCGACAUUGCUGCAAAUAAUAUAUCGGAAUGCAAUGUGACACCAAGAAAUAAGUAUGACUGUUUACAGGAAGGAUAUUACUACACUCUUUGCUCAGCGAAAGGACUCCGUCUUGUGGGUGGAACAAAUCGCUGUGAGGGCCGGGUGGCGAUUUCGAGAAAUGGUGUUUGGAAUGAAAUCUGUGAUUCAACUGUCGACACUCAAGAUGCAGACAUGAUUUGCCAUCUGCUCGACUGCGGUUGGAGUGUAGCUCGUGGAAUGAUGUCGCAGUUUGGUGUUGGAGCUGGAACAAUAUUGCCUGAUAAUUUAGUUUGCUCGCCUUAUCCGAAUCAAAUAUUUGACUGCUUGCAGAUUGGGACAAAUAAUUGCAGCCAACUUCAAACAGCAGCAAUAAUCUGCGAGGCUUCAGGGACUGCAAACCCUCAAGUGAUUGUCACCGAAACGGAAAAUGGAACAAUUCGGCUUGUGGAUCGUGAAAUGAAUUGCAGAGGCCGAGUAGAAAUAAAUAACAACGGCACCUGGGGCUCACUUUGUGACGCUGGCUGGACUUUAGGUGGUGCUGAUGUUGUGUGCCGACAAAUGCAAUGUGGGAAUGCUGUCGAUAACCAGGCCUACUAUGGCAAGGGCCCCAGCCCCAAGUGGACAGCCACGUGUGGGUCAUUGGAAGAUUCUCUCUUCAAGUGCACACUGACCGAAGGAAAUCCAAACUCUUGCACUCGGAUAUCAGAUGCCGGUGUUCAAUGUACAGGUGCAGGACUGCGUCUCGUGAGUGGAAGGAACCGCUGCGAGGGACGGGUAGAAGUCCUCAAGAGCUCUGUGUGGAGCGGAGUGUGCAGCUCCGCGUUGGACACUCACGGCGCAGAUACGAUCUGCCGUCUUCUGGGCUGUGGGUGGAGUUUGUCUCACGGGAGCUUGACCCAGUUUAUGAAUACGUCCGCGAGAGUCCUCUCGGACAACGUAGCGUGCGCAGCAUUCCCAAACACUAUAUUUGACUGCCUUCAAACAGGGACACAAAAUUGCAGCAAUAUGGAAACUGCCGCCGUAAUUUGCGAAGCUGCUGAACCUACAAGCCCACAAUUGAUCAUAACUGCAAGUAUAGAUGGAACAAUUCAGCUGGUGGAUCGAGACGUGAUGUGCCAGGGAAAGGUGGAAAUCUACAAUAACGGUUCUGCGAGCACUCUCUGCAGAGACAGUUGGGAUGAGAACCAAAGUGAGAUUGUGUGCCAGCAGUUGAAUUGUGGCAGCAGUGCACAGUUUGCCUACUACGGGAACGAGCAAUAUUACUUUGGCAUUGGCCGGGGGACUUCACAGAAUGCCCGGUGUGGAGGCACAGAGCAAGCGCUCACCGAUUGCACGCUGUCUCCGGAAAACUCCUUCACGUGUACCAACAAGGGGCCGGCCGGCGUUGUGUGUACCGCUGCAGGGCUCCGUCUGGUUGGAGGUGCCAAUCGCUGUGAGGGCCGCAUGGAAGUCUACAAGAAUGGCGUUUGGGGAGAGCUCUGCAGCUCCACUCUGAACAGAGACAUCGCAGAUGGCAUUUGCCAUCUGCUGGGCUGUGGCUGGAGUCUUGCUUAUGGUAGUAACGUGUCGACAUUUGGACUCGGACAGGGAACCAUCUUCCCAGACAACCUAUCCUCCAUUACUGGCAACAUAUUUUCAAGUCUCCAGUAUGGAACAAACAAUUGUAGCUAUGACCAGACAGCUGCCAUCAUUUGUGAAGCUGCUGGGACUGCCAACCAUUCUUUGUUUGUAACUGGAUCAACAAAUGGAAGAGUGCGUCUGGUGGACCGUGAAUUGGAAUGCCAGGGCCGCGUGGAGGUGUUUCACAAUGGCUCCUGGGGCACGUUGUGUGGCUCCAGCUGGGAUGUGUGUGGCGAGUUGCAAUGUGGAAGUCUCGCGAGUGCCAUCACGCACCAUGGCUUAUUGCAGCGUCCAACAUGGAACGCCUAUUGCAGUGGCAUGGAGCAGAGUCUUGCCGACUGCAACCUGAUGCCAGGAAACAAGUAUCAGUGUGCACAUAGUGGAUAUGCUGGCGUCGUUUGUUCAGCUGCUGGCGUUCGACUUCUGGGAGGCAACAGCAGCUGUGAGGGUUUGUUGGAGGUCUACAGGAACGGAGUCUGGGCCGGGCUUUGUAGCUCAGUGCUGGAUUACCAAGACGCCGAUGUGAUCUGCAGGUUUCUCCACUGCGGAAAAGCAUCGUUCGUUGGAAACACAACCGAGUUUGGCCUCGGAUCCACUUCUGUUCUUUCACAAAGCAUUGCUUGCGUUAAAACUGCAACUUCCAUCGGAAAUUGCAGUUGGGUUGACUCGGUACCGUGUCAUUAUACACAAGCGGCCUCUGUGAUUUGUGCAGUUCCUGUGGAGAAAACAAUAGUCUUUUCAGGAUAUGAUGGAGUCAUAUUGUCUAACAAUUUUACCAUGGAUGACAAGUCCCUGACCUAUACAUUUGUAAUACAAUCCAGAUCUCCAAAUGCAAUAAAAAUAAAGAUUGAGAACAUAAGCUUGCAAGAGAGCAACUCGUGCGUACUGCAACGGCUCGAGGUUUGGGAUGGACAGGUGAGCGAAGGCAAUUCCCUGGCUGUGCUCUGUGGGGGAGCCGCUGUUGGCCAACACAUCAAGUCCACUAAACAGGUCAUCUCCUUGGUGUUAAAGACAAGAGGACCGUUAGAUGGUCGAGGGUUCAACAUCAGCUACACCUCCAUUAAAGUCACAAGGCCUUCUGUACCCGUAACGUGUGGGACGACAUCAGUGCACACACAGAGUCCCUGGGUGGUUCAAAUGCAGAACGUGUACGGCUAUUCCUCUUGCAAUGGUGCGCUCAUUGGAAUUCGAUGGAUACUGACUUCUGCAACCUGUGUUUACAACCGACCAGUUUAUGAGUGGCGAGUGAAUUGGUUUGGAUACUUUGACAGCGGGUGGUGGGCGUGGUGGCAUUGGACCUGGUCUGGGAAUAUCGCAGUGGCGAAUAUAUUUGUGCACCCGAAGUACAAUGCCUCCCGCCCUGACUACGACAUAGCUCUGGUGGAGUUAAGUCAAAGCAUUCAGCCAACGGAGUACAUAAACCCGGCGUGUUUGCCAUACUUUUCUGAAGCCGUGCCUUUUUCCGGAAAAUACUGCUACCUUCACUCGACUUCAGGUAGAGAAAGUUUACCCUACAGCAUCAUCGACACGAACGAGUGCAAGUCUUUCCAGUUCAACAACAGCGGCAUCACCAGUCGGAUGAUCUGCACCCAGUCCGAACAAUGCAGGGAUAUGUCACCCCAAUUCCUGAUGUGUCAAGGUGUGGAUGGCCUGUGGUACGUGGCUGGAAUUGGCAAUCGUCUGGUGCGGUGUGAGCCCAACGGAAUAGAUCUACGCGCCUUCGCAAGGGUUCGGAAGUUUGUAGGCUUCAUUAAAGCAACCUCUGGCCUAGAAGCCUAUCAUCAAGUAUAACUACACACAGCAAACCACAUCAUGGGGUACGGAAGAGAAUGUGGGGCAAUUCAUCAACGAAUUUACUUUAAAUUGGUCACCUAAAUUUGGAGUUAAUCAAGUCAGUAAUUGCCGAUUGAACAUAACACUUUAAAUGAAUGGUGUAUUGAUCAUAAUCUAAAUUUUAUAUUUUACAAUCUUUUAAAAGAAAUGUUUAUUGAAUACUGUUGGGUUACAUGUAGUAUGGACCAAUUUUUUACAGUGGCCAUAAAACUAAGAAGUACAAACCAUUAAUUCUAAUUAUUUUAUUUUAAAUCAGUAACAUUUUUAAAAGUAACUGAGGUAAUAAUAUGUUGCUCGCGUCAAUGUGACGUUAUUUGGCGAGCCGUGUGUCACGUGUGCAAUAAGUGGAGGUGCAGGGUCACAGCGAUAGCCCUCGGUUGGGGUGGUUCGUCUUUAUUCUGUAGACGGGCCACAUGCAGCGCUUUCCACCGGGGGUAAGGUAGCGCAUUCCAGAUCUCACACACACCUUGAAUCAGCGCCACCUCAGCCACGAAGGGGUGUUGCUUGUGAUUACCUGCAAGAUACGGGGAAAACUCCCACCAUCUGAUAAAACAAUUCACGUUUCGCACACUCGCUAUUUUAAUCCCCACCCUUAGUUAUACUUUUGGCUGCUGGAGUUCAGUGUGGAGCCCCAAGUCCCACUGCUGCCCUCUAACCAGACCCAUCGCUUGUGAACUCACCAGGUGGGCCUCACCUGCCACCUCCACAGUCCACCAGGUGGCGACCCACACCAUCUCACCACAUCCCACUCCAUGCCGGACACCGCGACAACUCAAUGACACCAACAGUGCACAACAUCCACCAUUGCAGUCCACUGAUGCUUCACCCACAGCGAAAAGGUUCUCUUCCACAAUUUAGGUGUCGCUUAGUGGCACCUCCUCCUUGCCUCAGGGUAGCACCGAGGACGUCCUUCUGCUCCAUGCGCUUGGUCCCAACCCACUCUUCUGCCCUUGACCAUACUCCUGCCUUGACUCUGCUCCUGACGCCAACUCUAACCCACACAGGAAGUCCCUACCACUGAAAGGACCCCCCCCCCCCUCAGAUAGCCUAAAACAGACUCUUGGAGCAAGUGCUGUUAGC